AUGAGAAUUCUAGUAAUUAAAUUUUUAUAUUUAUUUUUUAUUAUUAUUUAUGAUAUUAAUGCUUUGCCUAUUGGUCAACAUAAAUCAAAUAUUGAAAAUAGUACAUUAAAUGCCGGACAACGUGCUAUGCUUUCGGAAUAUCAUAUCGAUAAAUUACCAGCUGGUUUGCGUAUUUCACAAAUUAUACCAAAAUUUCAAGUACCGAAAAAAUUUAAUUUAACUAAAAUAGCACAAGAUUUAAAAAAAUUUGGUAUUCAUAGUUUAAAAGAUGAUAAACAUAUUGAAGGUGUACCAUUAGAACGUGAUGGAAAAAUUAAUUUAGAUUUUCAUAAAGAAAUCUUUUUGGGUAAUCAUGAAUUAUUUGAAUCAGAUAUUCAACAUGAUGAAAAUAAACGAGAUAAAAAAUUAGAAGAAAUAUUUAAUGAAGCGGAUACUGAUCAUGAUCAACGUUUAUCAAAAGACGAAUUACUUAGUUAUGUAUUAAAAAAUGUUAAUCAACAUUUAAAAGAAGCACAAGAAAAAAAUUCACAAUUAUUUUUAUUAAUUGAUUCAAAUCAAGAUGGUAAAGUAACAUGGCAUGAAUAUUUUGCUUUAUAUGUUAAAUUUCAUAAUGUAAAUACAACUGGUAUUAAAGAAACGGAUACAUUUGAUUUUAUUCAAGCACCAUUUGAUAAUAAUUUUCAACGAGAAUUAGUUAAAAUUCGAUAUCGUUGGACAGAAGCUGAUGUUGCUGGUGAUAAUGAACUUGAUAUUGAUGAAUUUCUUGCUUUUCGUCAUCCAGAAAUAGCUGGUCAUUCAUAUAAACAUAUUGUUGAUGAUCUUAUUUUACAAAUGGAUCGUGAUGAUGAUAAAAAAUUGAAUGAAACUGAAUUUGCGUUUUUACCAUCAAGUGUAUUAGAAGAUGGUGGAAAUAAAGAAUGGAUUGAAAUGGAUAAACGAUGGUUAGAAGAUCAAAAACGAGAAUUUCAUGAAAUGGAUGAAGAUAAAGAUGGAGUAUUAACAAAAGAUGAAUUAUUAAGAGCUUAUAAUCCAUUGAAUCGUGUUCAUAUAAAUAAUCAAAUAAAAAAAUUAUUUUCAAAAGUUGAUGAUUCUCCAUCAGAUAAUGUUUUAACAUUGAAUGAAAUUCAAAAACAUGCUGAUGUUUUUACUGAUAUGCAAAUUUUAGAUACUGAAAAAGCAUUACAUGAAGAAAUGUAA